AGAAGACCCCCACGCUCCGUCAGUACAGGUGAGGCACUGUGCCACGCAACACACACGCAUACAACGAGCGUACCGUUCUCCAGCCACAGAUGAAGGUCCUGCUGCUUCAAGUCUCCCUCGUGCUGCUCCUUGCUGGAACAGCAUGGCCCGAGUGCCUACAGAGGUCCUACCGAGGCACAAAGUCCUGCCUGGCCAAGAGGAUUUUUGCGCCUGUGUGUGGGACGGAUGGGUGCACGUACUCCAAUGAGGAUGUUCUGCGCUGUGCCGAGGCUGAGGACAGGGAGAACUUGCCAGAAGAGCAGGUGGUUCGAGUUGCGUCCCAAGGAAGCUGUGAGGAUAACGUAGAGGAGAAGGAGGGCGAGCAGAGGGCGAAGGAAGCAGAGGAGAUGAAAGGAGAAGAGGAAACAGCCGAGGGAAAGGAAGGAGAGAAUGAGGGUGUGGAACUAGCCGAGAACAGACUUUUCCCGUAAACAAGGGAUUGCGCUUCCCGACCGUCAUCUUGUCAUCAGGAUUUCUCCGGUCAAAAGUGCCUCUCCCUCGCUGUUUUUCGUGAUAUUUAUUAUCUGUGUUAUCUCUGUACUCUGACCAUAUUAUUCACAUUUGAGAGUGUGGAUCUGCACCGAUAUAUCAUUUAUAUGCAAGUAAUAUACAUUCGUGUGCUCUCUCUUUUUCUCUCAUUUUUAAGCAUAUUUUUAUGCAUAAUUUGUGCAGUCGGACGUUACGCCGGAGCGAAAUAUCCUGAAAUAAAACAUGGGAAAGUUCA